ACCUUAUGCAAGAUAAGUAAAAUAAGUUAAUUUCAGGUAAUGGUUCAUGUUUAGAGAAUCCCAUCUACAUGAUAACUCUUCAGCAUUGUUUGGUUUUGUUAAAAUUGAAUUGUAACUUAGUUAUUUUCAUGUUAGUUUUAUUGAAAGAUCUUCCUGUGUUCGCUAACUUGGUUAAUGGUUUCCUUUCCUCGUCGUAUUUGCAGAGAAUUUAAUGCUUGGAGAUAAAGGAUUGGCAGUAAUGAUCUAGCAAAUCCUAAUCCUUAUACUCCCAAUUCUGAUUUAUAUAAGUAGUGCGAGUUUAACAAUCCACAGUUUGGCUUAGAGAUUGGAUCAUUACGUCCGAUCAAGAAAUUGAGAUUUGAGUCAUUUGACCAACUAUCAUGGCGGACAAUUUGAACACAGCAAAAAAACUAAGCCACAAACUGUUUAAAAGGCUCCUCCAGAAAGAAAAACGUAAGUUAAGGCGGCAAAAGGCUGCAGAAGCAAGAAGGCAGGCAGAAUUAAAAGAGGAGGAACGUCUUCAAAAUGAUCAUGAUUACAGACAACAAAUUGAAGAUGAUGAGUUGCAAAAGGAAAAACAAGAAAAAUUUGAAAGGGAAAACAAGGAGAAACUUUGGUUAGAACGUGAGGCUAAGGCUCAAGAGGAAUUUGCUCAGAAGAAAAUAGAAGAGGAAAGAAAAAUUAAAGUAAAAGAAGAGCAAGAGAAGGUGAUAAAAUUAGAAUGGGAAAGGCAACAAGAAAAAGAGAAAUUGGAAAAGGAGAAAAAAGAAAAAGAGAUAAAAGAUAAAGAGGUACGUACAGAAAAAAACUUGAAUCUAAUAACACUUUGUGAAGGAAUUGAAAAAGAUGCUCUUUUUAGAGAACUAGAAAAAGACGUCCCGUCUGCCCAGGAUCGUUUUCAUAAUCCUGUUGCACCUGAAAAUUAUGGAACAGAAAAGGAUGUUGUUAAUUGUUCAUUCUAUCUCAAAACUGGUGCCUGCAGAUUUGGUGAAAGAUGUUCCCGCCAGCAUCCUAGACCAUCUAGUAGCACAACACUUCUUAUUCCAUCAAUGUACAACGAUAUAAGACACAUAGAAAGUGCUUUAGAUAUCGCUGAUCGUGAUACAGGAUUAGAGUUUGAUGAGCAAGAUGCGUACAAGAACUUUCUGGUAUUUUAUGAUGAUGUGUAUCCGGAGUUUGAAAAAUACGGAAGAGUAUCACAGUUUACGGUGUGUUGUAAUUACGAGUUGCACCUUCGUGGAAAUGUUUAUGUCCAGUAUUUAAGAGAAGAAGAUUGCAAAAAGGCAUUUGCUGAAUUCAAUGGUCGAUGGUAUGCAGGAAGACAGUUGUCCUGUGAAUUUUCACCUGUGACAAAUUGGAAGUCAGCUAUAUGCGGUUUAUUUGCACAAAAUCGAUGUCCACGUGGUAAAAAUUGCAACUUUCUUCAUGUCUAUCGCAAUCCAGAUGAUUGGUCCGAACAAUGUUUGGAAAAUCGUCGUUGCAGCAGAGAUGAAAAUGAUCGUCGUGAAGAACGCGGACGAAAUUCUAGAUGUAAAAAUGAUAAAUAUUUUCGUGAAAAGCGACGCUCUAGGUAUGAUGAUAGAGAAUAUCGAAAUGACAGUAAACGAAGAAAGUAUCGAGAUAAAUCGUUUAGUGAUAGUGACAAUGAACAUACAAAGAAAAGAAAGAGAUCCCAUCGUAGCAGCAAUUCAGACGACAGUGAUUACGAAAAGUCGGCCCAUCGUCCAUAUUCUCACAGUAAAGGAUCGUCGAGAGGUAAAGAUAGAAGAAACCGCAAAUCAAACAAAGAUGUUGAUUGCAACCAGCGGAGUAAAGAUUGUUCAAGAACUCCAGAGUCUGAGUGCCUUGAAUCUGGUUCAUCUCAUCGUCAUAAGUCCAAAAAGCGUAAGAAACGCAAGCAUCGUUCUAAAGAUGAAAGAGAAUCUGAAAAUGGUAUAAAAGAUUGAUAAUGUGUAAUCAUUGACAUACGUAUGUAUUGAAUGUAAAAAUUGUAUCAUCCCCUUUAAAAUACUGUCCAACCAAUUACUCUGUGUGCAUGAUACGUUUAUAAAAACUGGUGAAAGAAUGCAGAAGUCAUGAAGAUGGUUAGAGUAAAGGAUUCAAGUCAGCGGUUGGUUUCCAUGAACGUGAAGGUGGCUUUUCGUUUGGAAAAUUUUUUGCGCUUCCUCCAAUUCUUAGCAUUCAAAUUUUUUUAGUAACGUCAAUAGUUACUAUUGUGUUUGUUCAUCCCAUUGCCCCAGUUAUCAACUUCAUUAAAAAGGAGCCCUGAACAACGCUUACUACUUACUUUGGUCUACUUCUCCAACCAUAUACUAAACAAAAAUUAUACCACAUGAAAGAAUGUUAUAUGUUUUUAAUUUAAAAAUUAUACCAUUAGGUUAAAAACUUA